AUGAAAGCUCCAAUUCUGAAGAAGAACUGUCUUCUGAAGAAAGACACUUCUGAUGAUGAAUAUAUUAAUUCAGAAACAGGAAGCAGUUCAUCAAGUGAAGAGUCUCUCCAUGAUGAUUCUGAAAAUCAAAUCACUGAAGAAGAGCAAGAAAAUGAGGAAGAAAAUGAGGAAGAAAUUUUGAAUGAAGACACAAGUCCACCAAAUGCCGAGUGGACAAAAGUGACUAAGAAAGCUCGACAACAUGGAUUUACUGGGAAAGAAGAACUUUGUUAUCAAUCAAUCUAUAAAUCAGGAUCUGAUGUUAUAAUUGAUGAGAGUAUGGUGCCUUUCAGAGGCCGUGUCAUUUUCAGACAGUACAUCCCUGGAAAGAGCCAUAAGUAUGGAUGCAAACUGUUCAAACUUUGCACUCCUGAUGGAUACACUCUAAACAUGGAGUUAUAUACUGGUGUAGGAGUAGCUACUCCACCUCUAAGUAAGACUGAAUCUCUUGUAGUAAGACUCCUUGCAAAUCAUAUGGAUAUUUUCUUAGGAGAGUAUCUUCUUCAGCGGAAGACUUACCUAUGUGGCACAGUAAGAGUCAAUAGAAAGUAUCUUCCAAAGUCAGUUACAAAAGCAAAACUAAAGAGAGGUGAAAUUAAAGCCUUAGAAAAUAAGAAUGGAUUGAAAGUAUUCAAUUGGAAAGAUAAAAGAUAUGUUGUGACUCUAUCAACAGUUCCAGAACAUGAUGCUACUCUAAUCAACACAGGUAAAGUCACAAGGACUGGUUUACCUAUCAAGAAACCUCAAAGUGUGUUAGACUAUAAUAAGUGCAAGAAAGGAGUUGAUUUAUCAGAUCAAAUGUCAUCAUAUUAUUCACCUCUGAAGAAGUCAAGAAAAUGGUACAGAAAAGUAGCAUUAGAAUUUAUUGCUGGUACUUCUAUAGUGAAUGCUUGGGUACUUUACAAUAAGUACUUUGCUGUCAAGAAAAUGUCAUUACGUGCAUUCAAGGAAUCUAUUGUCUUAUUCUAUACUAGUAGUAUCAUGAAGGAAAAAAACAAACCAGGAAAAUCAAGUAUGAAUAUUUCAGGAAAAUCUUCACAUUGUCUCAAAGAAGCAGAAGGACAGAAAAGAAAAACAAGGAAACGAUGCAGAGGCUGCUACGAAAUGUUAGCAGCAAAUGAAGGAUCCAAAGUGGCCAAAAUCAAGUCAAGAAAGGUUUCCACAUAUUGUGACUCAUGUGAUGGCACUCCAUAUCUAUGUUUAUCAUGUUUCAAUCUCAAACAUAACUAG